AUGCAAUUCUCGUACCUCCGUAAAUCGACUUUGCUGGGUACAAUUCGACCCCAACGUGUCCAUUACCUUGAGCGUCUUGGGGUGAUCGGGGAUUCAUUAGCAUUUCAAGCGGAUUAUUUUGAGAAGACUUCCGUGGGCCAGACUUUCGAAAUCAAGUUACUCGGCAAGGUUGGGUAUUUUACCAAAGAUCCCAAGAAUCUCGAGGCGAUGCUAUCGACUCGAUUUGAAGAUUGGGGUCUUGGAUCACGACGUCCCGGUCUUUUCCCCAUGAUCGGAGAGAGCAUUUUUACUCAGGAAUCAGGAUGGGCAGACUUGGAAACAUUCUCGAGAGCUACUGUGUCCCCAGUUUGUGCGAAUACAAUACCAAGAUGUGAAGUCUUUGAUGGGCCUGUCAAUGGCCUACUAGCCUGGUCUCUCCUCCUCUAA